UGAUGGAGUGAAGGGGAAAGGAGGCGAAAGGAGGAGAAGAAGUGACAAAUUUCAUCUUUUAAUUACAGCCUUUAACGUGUUUUUAAUAAGCAGCCAUGGCCGCGUAUCGCCUGCUCUGCCUGCUGGCUCUCGCCUUCUUCCCGAGCUCCGUGGCGGCCGAUCAGCGGAGGCUCUCUGCAGAAAACUUGCUGGUGAUCACCGCGGCAACAGAGGAGACGGACGGCUUCAACCGCUUCAUGAGGACGGCCCGAGAGUUUAACUACACUGUGAAGAUCCUGGGUCUGGGGGAGGAGUGGAAGGGCGGUGACGUAGCUCGGACGGUUGGCGGAGGUCAGAAGGUCCGAUGGUUGAAGAAGGAACUCCUAAAACACUCCGAUAAGAAGGACAUGGUCGUCAUGUUCGUGGACAGUUAUGACGUCAUCUUCGCGUCGGGUCCGGAGGAGCUGCUCAUGAAGUUUUCUCGUCUGGGUCACAGAGUGAUUUUCUCAGCGGAGGGUUUCUGUUGGCCGGACCAGAGACUCGCCUCUAAAUACCCAGAGGUUCGCGCUGGGAAACGCUACCUGAACUCUGGAGGGUUCAUCGGUUACGCCUCAGACCUGAGUACGAUCGUCCAGCAGUGGAAAUACAAAGACAACGAUGACGAUCAGCUGUUCUACACAAAGAUCUACCUGGACAAGGCUCUGCGGACCAAGUACAACAUGUCUCUGGAUCAUCGCUCCAGAAUCUUCCAGAACCUGAACGGAGCCGUCGAGGAAGUCGUCUUAAAGUUUGAGAGGGCAAAGGUCAGAGUGAGGAACGUCGCCUACGACACACUUCCUGUUAUUAUCCACGGCAACGGACCCACCAAGCUGCAGCUCAACUAUCUUGGUAACUACGUCCCGACAGCCUGGACCUACGAGGACGGCUGCAGCAACUGUGACGACGACCUGCUGUUCUUCAACGAUGUCUCUGAUGAAGAGAUGCCUCUGGUUUACUUCUCGGUGUUUAUCGAGCAUGCGACGCCGUUCAUGGAGGAGUUCCUGGAGCGCCUGACGACGCUGAACUAUCCGAUCGGGAGGAUUCGUCUCUUCAUCCACAACAACGUUGUUUACCACGAGCGUCACAUCCAGCGGUUCUGGGAGCGUCACAAGUCUCUGUUCCCAGACGCCCGGCUCAUCGGACCGGAGGAGAACCUGAAGGAGGACAAGGCCCGAAACAUGGCUGUUGAGGCGUGUAAGAAGGACCCAAAGUGUGAUUAUUACUUCAGUAUCGACUCUGAUGUUGCCUUGACGAACCCCGACACACUGAGGAUACUAAUAGAGGAAAACAAGUCCGUUAUCGCUCCCAUGUUGUCCAAACACGGGAAGCUGUGGAGCAACUUCUGGGGAGCUCUGAGUCCGGAAGGGUUCUACUCCAGAUCUGAAGACUACAUCGAGAUCGUCCAGGGGAAGAGGAUCGGGAUGUGGAACGUGCCGUACAUUACCCAGGCAUACCUGUUGAAGGGCAGCAUGCUGCGGUCCAAACUGCUCCAGGUGAGCCUGUUUGUGGACAAGGAGAUGGACCCUGACAUGGUGUUCUGCAGAGGCAUCAGAGACCAGGGAGUUUUCAUGUAUGUGACGAAUCGUGACGAAUUCGGUCGCCUGGUGAAUUCUGCCAACUUCAACACGUCCAGGCUGCACCCGGACAUGUGGCAGAUCUUCGACAACCCUGUGGACUGGAAGGAGAAGUAUAUCCAUGAGAACUACUCAAAGGUGUUCGAAGAUGAGAAGACUUUCGUGGAGCAGCCCUGUCCAGAUGUUUACUGGUUUCCUGCGUUCUCAGAGAAGAUGUGUGAUCAUUUGGUGGAGACCAUGGAGGACCAUGGGGAAUGGUCAGGAGGCAAACACACGGACGAACGUCUGGCCGGUGGUUAUGAAAACGUUCCCACUGUGGACAUCCACAUGAACCAGAUCGGCUUCGAGAAGGAGUGGCUCAAAUUCCUCAAAGAGUACAUCUCCCCUGUCACCGAAAAACUCUAUCCUGGAUAUUACCCCAAGUCUCAAGCCAUCAUGAACUUUGUGGUGCGUUACCGCCCUGAUGAGCAGCCGUAUCUGCGGCCUCAUCACGACUCCUCCACCUUCACCAUCAACAUCGCCCUGAACAAAAAAUACGACGACUACGAGGGCGGAGGCUGCAGGUUCCUGCGUUACGACUGUAAGGUGGAAGCUCCCAGGAAGGGCUGGUCCUUCAUGCACCCCGGCCGCCUGACGCAUUACCACGAGGGCCUCCCCACCACCAGAGGGACCCGCUACAUCAUGGUGUCCUUCGUCGACCCAUAAACACUACCUGUGUGUGUGUAUGUGUGUGUGCGCGUAUGUGUGUAAGUCUGUGAACAUCCUUCAACCUCAUCAUCACAGUUAUUGUCUUACCUCUGAUUGGUCAAUCCACCUCACCCGCAUCUACCCGUAAUGCACCUGUAGCCGCGUCUUAGUAGCCAUGACAACACAUAUCAUUUCAAUGCAUCCUCCAGCAGGUGUGACCGGCGUCUCCAUGACAACCUUCACAGGAGUCGGAGGAGCGCCUGGUCAGACCUGUCAGAGUACACAGUCACUUUAUUUAGUCCUGAUUUUCAGUCGGUAACAGAGGUGAGAAAUCCUGGAGAGAUUUGAGGUCCUGAAGGCAUCACUGUCUGUGGUGGAGGUUCGUCGUCACCGAGAUGCCUUAUUACACCAACCUGCCUGAAACUACCUGAGUAUCUAUGCAAGCAGAACACACUCCACCUGUGUGUGUGUGUGUGUCUAUGUGUGUGUGUGUGUGUGUGUGUGUGUGUCGCACUGCAGCGGACAGCAGGUUGCCACAGUAACCACAAUCCCAACACAGAGCGUCUUCUAGAAGAUCGUGUCUUGUGGAAAAAACCGAAAAGCCUUGGCAGCAUUGAGGUUACCGUAGCAACCAGCCGUGCAGCUGAUAACGAUGAGAAUCAAAAUGUGUUGUUUUUUAAAAAAGCCGAUCAGAUCGCUCCGACGCAGCGUCGCCGGUCACUUUUUAAAGUUUGACACUCCGAACUGAGAAUGUUAAAUCUGGUGAAAGUAAGAAGUGUGAUGUAGAAAAUAGAAAAUGCCAAAAAAGACUCAAUAACGAGCUGAAAUAUAUGUUUUAAAGGAAAAAGAAAGUAAAGAGAAAAAGUUUAUAUUUGAAUGCUGAAAGGAGUUUGGUUCAAGAGUGUUAUAAAGGUAAAACUCCACUUUAAGAACUGUUACUGUUAAAGGCCUUUUUUAUAUUUUACUGUGUUUAUUCUUCAUUGUUUAGUUGUUUUAAUUCAUGUUGUUCAUUUCUCGAGAUUUUCUAUGUUUCCAUCAUGUAUUUUUCCAUCAUGGUCGCUGUGUCGAACUCUCGCCUCCUCUCAGUUUUUAUCUCCUAAUUUAAAGAAGAGCGCGAGGACGAGACGUUUCCAGCUGACGUUGGGUUGUAGUUUUCUGUCGAUACGAGGAAUCAACUUUCUCUCUGGCUUUGUACAAACUGCAUUAAAUUAUUUGUUAAUGACUGAGCGAAUUAAGUUUUGGGGAUUUAAAUAAAUAAUUUUA